GGGCUUUUCAACAUUCUCUCUCCUCCUCUUGCUCGCGGGGUUGAUCUCUUGUCGCCCCAGCUCUAGUUUCCAGAGGGCUUCGGAUCCUUUUCUGAUCACCUUCUCUGAUCUAAUUUUAGUCCAGUUUAUCAUAUUCUAUCUAUAAUCCUUACAACUCGCUGAAUUUUCAUGGCGUAUCAGCCGAUUCCGGCGGGAGGGGUUGGAGGAUCCAGCUUGCAAUUCUUGAAUUUCCCGUUUGGUGAUACCACCUACACGAAGGUGUUCGUUGGAGGAUUGGCUUGGGAGACGCAGAGUGAAACUCUGCGCCGUCAUUUCGAGCAAUAUGGGGAGAUCCUUGAGGCUGUUGUCAUCACUGAUAAGCACACCGGCAGAUCGAAAGGAUAUGGAUUUGUGACAUUUCGUGAUCCAGAAGCUGCUAAGCGGGCUUGUGCCAAUCCAAGCCCAAUUAUUGAUGGUAGGAGAGCAAACUGUAAUUUGGCUUCAUUAGGGCGUCCUCAACCAUCUUUUCCUUAUGGACGUUACAGAUCAGCAACACCUUAUCUUGGAAUUCCCCAAAUGCCCCGUGGUGCUUAUGUGGGAGGCCACAAUUACCAACAACCUCUAUCAUUUGGCUAUCAACCUGGGGUCGCAUAUUCACCUUAUGGGUAUACGGCAUAUGGAACUGAAUUUGUUUAUCCACAACAGGGUUAUUACAGCCCCUACAUGGGUCAGAACUAUCUUCAGAUGUACGGUGUACCUGGUGCAGUAAGUACAAACAUGGCUUCAUACGCACAAAUGGGUCAACCUGUUUCUGGAAGCCAUGGAUACUCUAGCAUACCUGCCUUUGUUUCACCUGGUCAACAUGUUGUGCGUUAUGGAGGGCCUCCUCUUACUGGAGGGACGAGUGAAUCUAUUGCCUCAGUUCCCUCACCUUACCAUACAGGGAUAGCAUCUCCUAUUCCUGGACAUGCACGUAUGAUAUUUCCUGUCACACCUCCUCAGUUCCCUCACAACAGCGGUUCUGAGCAGACAGCUGGUUAAUUGACUAUGAAGAUGAAAAAAACAGAGGCGAUGUUGAAAACUGCAAGAGGACUAACAAUAGCUGCUACUUGAGUGGGUGGACUUCGAAUUCAGCCUUGCCAGUGCUUGCAUGCAUUCAAGAGGUCUUCGAGUCAAUGUCACCAAGGAACACAAUGGAGUCUGCUUGUAAAAUACGAUAAGACCCGCAAAUUGACCCGUGGAAAGGCUUGGACCGCCCUUCCAUCUGUCUUGUGUCAUAAUCCUGACAUGAUUUGAGGUUAAACUGAAGGACUAUAAUAGAUGUAUGUGUUUUGCAGAAUCUGGUUUUCCUGCAAUCAUCAUCAUGUCAAUGAGAAUCAAAGCAUGAUUCUUCAUUUCUCAUGUGAAUCAACAUCUGAUUUAUUUGUUGUUUGUACCUGCACCUUUGCCCCCCAUAUGGAUGGAGGUCUUGGAUGUGGGCUUUUAUUUGUUUUGUUGGAAGACUUUAGUAGUAGCAGCUGCUUACCUAGAUUUUCCUUUUUAAGAUUAUUAAUCAUUAUUAAUUGGUCCGUCUCUUAUGUCCUCUUCGAUUGCUCUACCUAAGGUGUGGUAGAGUUGUUUUAGCAAAACAAACUGUGCGAGUUUGAUCGUAGAGUCUCUUUUUCUUCAUCUAUUUGAAUUAUUUCACUUUCUAGCUGGAGUCUGUUUAUCAACUUGUGCACCAUGAAAUGGUAGGAUCCCUUUUAUUGCA